AUGUGCUACUUAGUCGUGUUAGGCGGUGCUUUCGAUCCCGGAAUAGAUUUGCUGAAGGGAUUAAACUUGCACGCAAAUAUUUCCCAAUAUGAAGGCGUUAGCAUUACACAAGGUACUCAAAAGAAAUAUGCCUUUAAACUUCAAGGCACCAAUCGAAAACUUGUGCUACCCUACAAAACUUAUGAGCGUGCUGUGGAGCUGCUGAAAAGAAAUUCAGACUUCACAUUUGCCGCAACAUUGAAACAAGAUGAACGAAAUCCUGGUACAAUUAUUUCGUUUUCAAAUGGCUAUAAUAGAUAUUUAGAGUUACAAUCAAGUGGAAGACGAAAUGAAAUUCGCUUUCAUUAUUCAUACUUUGGUCCUAAGAAUGAAUUGAUGGUUCAUAUGGAGUCAUUUCCGUAUCGUUUAGCCGAUAACAAAUGGCACAAGAUAGCACUUUCAAUUAGCGGAACUGAAAUACAAUUAAUCGUUGAUUGCCAUCCCUUGUAUAAGCGUGUUACGCAUUAUGUACCCGAUAGAAAUUUUAGUGCUUCCAAUAUGCAAUUACUAGUAGGACAACGAAAUUUAAAAAGUCACUCUUUAUUCAAGGGGGAAUUUCAAGAUGUACACAUACUGCCCGGUCCCUACGGAUAUCAGUUACAAUGCGAGCAUAUGGAUUCUCAAUGUCCAACGUGUGGACAAUUUUUGCAACUUCAAUCCUUCAUUAUGGAAUUGAAACAUAAUGUCUUUCAACUGAAUCAAAAAUUAGAAAACUCUUUAAAGAAAAUUGAGCACUUGGAAAGUUGCGAUUGUAAGAAAUCAUGCUCAAUGAAUGGAUCGUUGAGUCGAGAAGAUGGAGAAAAAUGGGAUUCGGGAUGUGAUCAGUGCCAAUGUAAAUCAGGUGUUGUCACGUGUCUUAAAAGGCCAUGUGGAGAAUUAAAGUGUAAAAAUCCAAUAAUGGCUGAAGGCGAAUGUUGUCCAAAGUGUUUAAAAACAUGUUAUCUCAACAAAAUAGAUUAUGAACAUGGAGAUAAACAUAUAACAGGGUGUAACAACUGUACUUGUGUUGAUGGAAGCUUUAAAUGUGUCAACAUUGUAUGCCCAAAGUUAACAUGUCCCGAAGAAAAGCAGAUAUCGGUUGCAGACGAAUGCUGUAAAUACUGCCAGGAUGCCGAUUAUUGCGCUAUGGGACAUCAUUGCCAUGAGAAAGCAAGUUGCCUAAACGUCAGUCCGAAAUAUUCGUGCCAUUGCGACAAAGGGUUUCAGGGUGAUGGCUUCAACUGUACUGAUAUAAAUGAGUGUCUGGAGAGAGGUGGCGAGAAAGGACAUCAUUGUAAUAUGAACACGAGAUGUGUCAAUAUUUAUGGAUCCUAUGAAUGUGAAUGUCUUGAUGGCUACACACGCUCCGAUAAAUGGAAUUGUGUUGAGAUUGAUGAGUGUGAAGCCGGUGAACAUAAAUGCAAUGAAAAUGCUAUUUGCACCAACACUGAAGGCUCGUAUAAUUGUACAUGCAAGAAAGGAUAUGCUGGUGAUGGACGUUAUUGCGUGCCUGUUUGUGAACCACAUUGUCUUAAUGGUGGCGAAUGCAUUUCACCAAAUAAGUGUGAAUGUCGAGGCGGUUAUGAAGGUGCUUCGUGUGAAAAAGAUUUAGAUGAGUGUAAAACAAAUAAUCAUGGAUGCACAAACACUUCAGUCUGCAUAAAUAUGCCAGGAUGGUAUUAUUGCAAAUGUAAACCCGGUUAUGAGAUGAGAGACAACAAUUGUGUAGACAUUGAUGAGUGUGAAGACAACACUCAUAGUUGUCAUCCAUCAUCAACUUGUGUCAAUACUGAUGGUCACUUCGAGUGUAAAUGCGACAAUCUUCAUCACCUUCGUUCGAUGGAGUCAUCACUUAAUACAUUUAAGUCAAGGGAUAUUAGGGGCAAUCAGUGCAGAUUGAGUUGCAUGUUCGAGAACAACGAGAUUCCUGAUCAAAGUCAAAUAAGGCCAAGAAAUCAACCAUGUAGUUUGUGUACCUGUUCAAAAGGAGUUAUAACAUGUGCUGAACCUCCAUGUGACUGUUCCAAAUGGAGAAAAUCCGAAGACCGAGAACUGUGUUGUCCACAAUGUGAUCCGAAAGAGUCUUGUCAACAUCAAGAACUUAAACAGGUGACUUUUAGAAGUGGCGAGCAAUGGAUUUAUCAAUGUCAGACAUGUGAAUGUUUGUACGGUGAAUUUGAUUGUUGGAAGAUGGAAUGUCCGCCAUUGACAUGUGAAAAUCCAUUACCGUUGGAAAGGGGCGAUUGUUGUCGUCGUUGUCCUGGUGAUUCAUGUGGAUUUGAUAACACAACAAAUUCUGUUGGAAAGCCAUGUUUCUACGAUAAACAUUUGUAUUCAGAUGAUCAAACGUUGCAAUUACCAUCUAAAGAUUGCACAUCAUGCACCACUGUUUGUAAGGUGAGUGAGAAUUGAUUGUAAAUUGAUUAUCCAUCUACCUAGUCGCAAAACAAGGAAAUUUUAGAAACACGUAAUGAAAUUGAUAAAAAAAAGCAUUAAAAAAGACAAAAUUAUGUAUGUACAUAAAGAAUUCAUUAUCUAUUCUGUAAAUUAUUGCCUUU